GCGGUUUCGAUAUUCGAAAGGAACAUUCCCGAGUCCACAACACUGAAGAAAAUCCUCCACUGCGCGAUUGGCGACACCAAUCAAAAUCGAGCGCCAACGACCCGAAUCUUCUUCUUCUUCUUCUUCUUCUUCUUCUUCCCAAAAUGUACUUAUAUGUAAAUGAAAUGCGUGCUGAGAAUCUCAACCAAAACAUUAUGCUGUUGGUUUAAUUAUCAACUAUCGUAUUGUGGUCUGAAUUCUUUCUUAUAAAAUUCAGCUGGUAUUUUAUCCAUAUUGAGAUCUGUAUGUGUAUCAUUCGUUUUUUAGCUCUCUCUCUCCGUCCAUUUGUACUCUGUGUAUCAAAAAAUUUUGGUCUUUGUUUUCUUUUGUUCUGAUUUAUUUGCUAAUUUUGGAUAACUAAGUUUCUCAUUUGCUAAUCCAAAAGUCUUUUUUUGUCAAAUCCUUUCAGUAAAUUAGCAUAUCAAAUUCAUGGGAAUUUAGGAAUUAAUGUACACUUGUUGAUCUUUUUUCAAAAGCAUAUUCACUGAGUACACGUCCUGCGUAACAGACUUAGGUGGAUAUCAAAAUUUAUGUUUUGGAAUGAGCUUCCUGCUAAAAGAAAGAUAUGACAUGAACUACGAAGGGAAGUAAGGAUAUCCAGCAAUCCAUUAGCGGUUGAAGAGCUAAUUGAUCGUAUAUCUUGGAUUGUUAGUGUUUUUGUUUCGGAAACAUGAUGACUUCUAAUUCAGCUAUAAGAAAACGAGGAAGGGGUCAAAACAAACGUUUCUGGACAACCAAAGAAGAUUCUGCAUUAGUUGAAUCAUUGCAAGAAUUAUAUCGCAACACCAAGUGGCGAGCUGAUAAUGGUUUCAAAAAUGGAUACUUAACCCAUAUAGAGGCAAUGCUGGAAGCUAAACUGCCGGGUUGUGGAAUACAAGCGUCUCCUCACAUUGAAUCACGAGUUAAGACAUUGAAGAAAAAGUAUUGUGCCUUAACCGAGAUGUUAUCUCAAGGUGGAUUUAGUUGGGAUGAUAAACAAAUGAUGUUGGUUUGCAAUAGAAGUGUAUAUGAUGAAUGGGUGAAGAAAAGAAGGGAUGCAAGUGGACUGUAUAGCAAGCCAUUUCCAUUCUACCAUGUUUUGCGGGAGAUAUAUGAAAAAGGUCGUCAUACUGGUACAAAUGUUGGCAAUGAUGAUGAUGAUGAAGAGGACAUUAGGCAAGAGGAUGCAAACAUUGAUCAAACUCAUGGCGGGGACGAUGAUUUGGGUGAAAAUGUGAUUCUGAAUGCGGAUACGAAUAUAGAAUCAGAGUCUGAAGGGAUGGAACAGUUUGAUGUAUCAUUUAGUACCCAACAACGAAGGCCUGCACAAAGUACCCCAAGUGUUUCAGAUCCCGGUCGCAGGGUGAAAGCAAAGGUAAUGGAGGAGGUGACAAAGAAUUUUGGGAGUAUGGCAGCUUCGGUACAAGCGAUGACGUCUAAGAUUGAUGCUCUGAUUAAAGUUCUUUCAACUGAUAAACAAGUGGCUGAAUUGCAAGCUAAACUUGACGGUGAGUUGAGCAAAAUUGAAGGCCUUACCGGAUUGCAAGUCUUUAGAGCGAUAAAUAUACUGGCCACUAAUCAUGACCUGCUGAGAGUGUUCUUUACCAUGUCCGAGGAAAGGAAAAAGGUAUACAUUACGCAUCUGUUAGAGCAUGGCUUAUGAAGGAUAAUUAUGCAGUCGCGUUUAAUCUUCUAGUCAAUUGUAAUCAUAUAUUUGGUAUAAAACGGUAUGACUGAAACAUUAUUGGCGCUGCUUAUUAGUGACGAUUGUGACAGUAAUCUUUGUCAUAAUUGAUCUAAAUUUUGAAAUCGAAAGAGCUUAGAUGCCAAAGUGCUUUUGGAGAAGUAA